CUUUGUUUCCUCUUCCUCUUCAUUCCUCUCCUGAGUCCUGACCUACCCACGCUCCAAUCCGACCGCUGCGCCACCGCCCACCGCCGAGGCCUCACACCCCCACACCCCCUCGCUCCGUCGCCCGUCUUCCUCCUCGCGCGAGCGCCGCCACCGCAGGACAGCUUGUCCAAUAUGCCAAAUGGAGAGAACAAGUUGUUUAAGAUGCCAAAUGCAGAUGGAGAAAUUUCUGCGCUGCACAAGGAAUGGGAUGAUGCUCGAUGCCCAAUUUGCAUGGACCACCCCCACAAUGCUGUUCUUUUGCUGUGCAGCUCCCAUGACAAAGGAUGCAGGUCCUACAUAUGUGAUACGAGCUAUAGACACUCAAAUUGCCUAGAUAGGUUUAAGAAAAUGAAACUGGACCACAUGGACAGUUCAUCACAGCCGAGCUCUUCCUUUCCUAGAGAUCCGAGUAACCAAAAUGUUGCACAGAUAUCUCAUAUUGGUCUCAGUAGAGAGAGUCCCAGCCUAUUAAUAGAUAUACCUGACCACGAAGAUCUCGGUCAUCAGCAUGUCAUUCAUAGCUCUGCAGCUGUAGCUGGGCAACAAGAAGAAAUCAAUUUUAAUCAAGACACAGAUUUAACAUUGGAAGCUCACGAGGGAGAAGGAAGUGGGCUUGUGGAGUCAGGUGAGGCGGCCAACUUGAACCAAUUGAUGUGCCCGCUGUGUAGGGGUACUGUGGAGGGCUGGCAGAUCAUCAAAGAUGCCAGGCAGUAUUUGGAUGAGAAGGCAAGAGCUUGCUCGCGGGAAGCAUGCACAUUUUCUGGUAACUACAGUGCGCUCCGUAGACAUGCCAGGAGGGUCCACCCCACAACAAGGCCUGCCGAUGUAGACCCAUCAAGACGCCGUGCGUGGCACCGCCUGGAGCACCAGCGGGAGUAUGGUGACAUACUGAGUGCAAUCAGGUCUGCUAUGCCCGGGGCAGUUGUGCUUGGAGAUUAUGUUAUUGAAGGUGGUGAUAUGUCUUCCCACAACCGUGAAGGCAGUGGACCAAGUCAACCAAGUGGGUCUUUGUUGACAACAUUCUUUCUAUUCCAUAUGAUGAGCACUAGUCCAAUGAGAUCAGGAGAUGAGCCAAGAGGCUCAUCAAGGGGCUUAAGAAGGCAGAGGCGUCGUUAUCUGUGGGGAGAGAACUUAUUAGGUCUCCAGUAUGACGACGACGAUGACGAGGAGGGGGAUGAUAACCUAGCUGAAGAGAUUCAGAGGCCAAGAAGUCGCCGGAGGUUCGUAAGAUCAAGGUCAGAGGAGCGGCGCUGAUGCAUAAGCAACCAUGGUAAUUGGCUAAUUGCUCUUCACCUGUUGUGAAGUUCUUUACCCAUGGAUUAGCGAUGACUCCUUGUGAUCUUUGCCCUGCCAGUUGAGUCAACGUGGGAUGGCGGGAGAUGUGCUACUUCGACUUGGUUGAAGUGUCGCAUGGAUCCCUGGGACGGAAGAUUCAAGCCAACAGUGUUGCAAGAUUCAAGUCUGGAUGGUUGAACCGUGUUCGACUCCACUGUAUUUGCAAGUCCUCCUAUCGUGAUGUGGAGAUGUACAUAAAUUAGCAUUCUCAGGACAUGUUGCGACGCAGCUCGCUGUCAUAACCAGAGCUUCUCAUGAUGCACCUUGUGUUGUUUGCUCAGCGCAGGUUACCUGCAACCCUGCAAUUUUUUGUAUAUAGACUAUUGGAAGCUACAUUUUACGAGUUCAUUCAUGUACUGUUGUUGCACUUGGUUUCUUUGUUCAAUUGAAGCAUGUAACGGUCACAUCUACCCAGAUGAUUGUGUGUACUCUGUAAGAAAUUACCAUAUACUGUUGUUCGUGUUACUAUCCUUGCCUCCUUGGUAAGGAGUUGUCGACUAAUUGAUCUCUGAUUAUUCGGUUGCAAA